UCUUCUCUAAGUUUGUGUGUUUUUAUCAUUAAGUAAAUCUUUUUAAUUUUUUUUUUCUUAUUUAAACUAGUAAUUUUAAGCGUAGAUUAUUAUUCGUUAAUUAAUCAUUGUUAGCUUUAUAUAUUUUUUAUAUAAUUAUUUAAUUAAUUAAUUACUUAAUAAUGUCUGGUGAUGUACAACCGAGAAAACGUAAAGAAAAAAGACGCAAAAGAGAAGACGAAGAUUCAGGAACUCCACCCCCGCAAUUAGUAAAUCCAGCUGAACAUGCAAUGGACAAUGUUACGAUACAUGUCUACAAAGAAGGAUCAACAGGAGGUCAUUGGUGUGCAAAGAUUAUAUUUUUUGCACUAUUUUCAGUAUUGAUUGGUCUUGUAGGAGUCAUUAUUUUAGAGCAUCGAGGGACUACUGACGUGGAUACGCCAAUAAGUUCAUCAAAAUGGGCGAUGAUUUUUGAUGGGUGGGUAGAUGAUAUUCUUCCGAGUCAUGAUAAUGAACCGCAUGAAGAAGAAAGCAGUAAAGAAGUUGAGCAUGAGGACGAAGAUGAUCAUGAUAAAGAAAGUCAUGAAGAAGAUCAUGAUGAUGAAGAUGAUGAUGAAGGUAUUGGAUCUGAAGAAGAGGAAAACGAGGAAGAUGAAGAAGAUGAUGAUGAAGUAAACGAAUCAGAAGCUGUAGAUAUAGAAGAUGAUGAUAAAGAGGAAAAUUCAGAAGAUAUUGAAGAUGAUGAAGAAAAUUCAGAAGAUAUUGAAGAUGAUGAAGAAGAAAAUUCAGAAGAUAUUCAGGAUGAUGAAGAGGAAGAAGAAGAGGAGGAAGAUGAAGAAGAAGAUGAUAAUGAAGUAGAUGUAUCUAAAGUUGAAAAUGAUGAAGACGAAGGUUUUGAAGAUGAUGAUAAUGAAAGUUAUGAAAAUCUUGAUGAAACUGAUGAAUUAGAUGAAAAUGAAUCUGCAGAUAAAGAAGAUGAUGAUGAUAAUGAUGAAAAUGAGGAAGAAGAUGAUAAUAAUGAAGAAGAUGAAGAUGAUAUAACUAAUAUAUCAGCACCUGAUAUAGAUGUUAGUGUAGAGGGCGUACACGCGCCCGCUAAAGAAGAUGAAGAAAUAGAUUAUGAGUUCAUGGGAAUGCCAGGAAUUAAUGAGAAAGAUAAUUUUGAAAAAAUGGAAAUAGUUGAAGGUAUUGAAGUACCUAAAGAAGAAAACGACGACGUAUUAGAUGAAACAAGUGUGCCAGUUAAAUUUGGAGUUGGUGUUGCACUAGUCAUUGCCGCUCAUAUUGUUCUGGUUAGAAGGUGGAAAAAUGCAGCUGAAGAAACAAUUGAAUUAAAAAGAAGAAAUACUAUUAUACCGCCAACAAUUCCAAAAAAAUUAAUAGUAACUGGGGAUAGUAAUAAAAAACAACAGCAAGCAAAAAUUUAUCAGGAUUUAAAAUCUAAGUAUACAAAUUUACAAGAAGAUAUUAAGAGGGUUAAUAAACCAUUGAGUUCAGUUGAAAAUUUACGAGAUGUGGAAAAAAAUUUUUCAAAAACAAAAAAUGAACCACAAGAAAUUUAUACUUCGGAAAGUGAACGAUUUUCCGGGACUGAAGUCGAGUCAGAUUACUUGGAUGAUGAUUUAGAAGCUGAAGAAGAUUUGGAAGAUGAAGAAGAGCUAGAUGAUGAGGAAGAUAUUGAAGCUGAAGAAGUUGAUGAUAGUGAAUUGGUUGCUAAAUUGGAAGCUAAGUAUGGAAAACUUCCUACUCCGAGUCAGAGUGAAGAAGAAGAAGAAGAUGAGGAAGAAGAGGAAGAGGAGGAGGAUGAAGAAGAAAUUGAAGAUGAAGAAGAAGAGGAAGAUGAUGAAGGAGAUUGGAAACCAGGUGUAAAUGCUCCAAAGGUAGCGCAUUCCAGUGGUGAAGAAAAACAAUCAAAAGAAAAAGAAUCUACGAGAGGGCGUCAAGUUAAUCCGCCUCCUCGAGGUGGUCGUCAAGCUUUCGAAUCCAUUCAUCCUGGAGAUUAUGAUAAUGUGAAUAUCCAAGAUGAAAUUGAACACUGGUUAGCGAGGGAUUUAGAUAAUUAAUAUUAUUAUUAUAAUUUUUUAAAAUUGUUUAAAUAUAUAAAAAAUAUUAUAUGUUUAUGAAAAUAUAUUUUUCUUUUAAUUAUGCAUGGUUAAAUUUUAUUAAAUACAAAAAUUAUUUUUAGAUAAUUGCUUUUAGUAUUGAUUUUAUUUUUUAAAAAUAAUUAACAAAUAUUUAAAAAUAAAAU